GAACAAGAACUGGCAAAGUCCUCUAGUCUAGCGGAUACUGCUCCACCCGCUACCUAACACAUUUUUUUGGUGGGGGUGCGGGGGCUUAAUCUGCGCGGCGCAGGUUCAAGGCCAGCCAUUCUCCACUGAUUACGUCACCCGCAGCCUGCCUGUCCAUGACGUCAUGGUGCAGAGCCCGGGCCACGGACCGACUCGAAUCCCAUGCGCUCCCUCUCCAGUCUCGGGUUCUGGAGCGGCUCAGCUCAUGCUGGACGCUCGCCACCGCCGCCCUCGCCCUCUUUCUGCUCCCCUCCAGCCUCAGGCGGCAGAGUCAGGGGGAGCGGCUCCCCGAUCCUCCCGCAGGGGCGCGGGGGCCAGAGGGCGCUCAGCUCUCCCAAGAGCCGCGGCGAAGGAGCCCAGCUGCCGGCGGCUCCGGGAAGGGGGCGGCGUUUGUGGUUCAGGGCGGGUCCCGCUUAAGCUGCCGCCGGUGCCUGGCCGGCUCGGGAAGUGAAGGAAAGGGAAAGGGAAGAGGGGAAAAAAGAGAAAGCAGCCGGAUCGCCGGGGCGUGCUGCUUGGGGCUGGCUGGCUGGCAAAGAGGAUGGCGGUCGGUACGGCAGCAGGGGCCGCAGGGGUGCCGCCAAACCCCGGGCCGGCUGCGGUCUCGCUAGGCUUGAGCGUGGCGGUGGUCUCCAGCCUAGUCAAUGGCUCCACGUUCGUGCUGCAGAAAAAAGGGAUCGUGCGGGCGAGAGGACGAGGAACUUCAUAUUUAACUGAUAUAGUCUGGUGGUCAGGCACUAUUGCAAUGGCACUUGGUCAGAUUGGGAAUUUCCUAGCCUAUACUGCAGUUCCUACUGUUCUGGUGACUCCGCUUGGCGCUCUUGGGGUUCCCUUUGGAUCCAUUUUAGCUUCCUAUUUGCUGAAAGAAAAGCUCAACAUUCUCGGCAAACUGGGCUGCCUGCUGAGCUGUGCUGGUUCCGUUGUUCUCAUCAUCCAUUCGCCAAAGUCUGAAAGCGUCACCACCCAGGCUGAGCUUGAAGAAAAACUCACAAAUCCAGUAUUCGUGGGCUACCUCUGCGUUGUCCUCCUCAUGCUGCUUCUACUUAUCUUUUGGAUUGCACCAGCUCAUGGACCCACUAACAUUAUGGUUUACAUAAGCAUUUGCUCCUUGUUAGGAAGUUUCACAGUGCCGAGUACAAAAGGCAUUGGACUGGCUGCUCAAGAUAUUUUUCACAAUAACCCAUCGAGUCAAAGGGCACUGUACCUCUGUUUGGUUCUGCUAGCAGUAUUGGGAUGUAGCAUAAUAAUUCAGUUUAGGUACAUCAACAAGGCGCUGGAAUGUUUUGACUCCUCUGUGUUUGGUGCCAUCUACUAUGUAGUGUUCACUACUUUAGUCUUGCUGGCCUCAGCAAUCCUGUUCAGAGAGUGGAGUAAUGUUGGAGUGGUUGAUUUCUUAGGGAUGGCUUGCGGAUUUACUACUGUAUCUAUUGGAAUUGUUCUUAUACAAGUCUUCAAGGAGUUCAGUUUCAGUAUUGGAGAUUUGAAUAAGCCUAACAUGAAGACUGAUUAAGAUCAUAAUAUUGGAGGGGCCUGGAUGACUCACAAAAUAAUAACAGCUUUCCAUUUCUAGGCCACAGGAAUGAUAGAGCCUUUAAUUUCUAAGCCCAGAGAACAUCAUCAUCUUUCAUUCCUUGCUGGAAUCCUUGAAAUGAAUACCAUUCUCAAUCCAGUUUCUCUAGGACUACUGUUGUCAAACUUAUCUAAUGGUAUCAAAUGGUUAAAUCUUAGAACUUUUACAGCUGAUGGGUAAGAAAUGCAUCAAUGAAGAGACUGGUGUGUUUCUUCCCUGAAAAGGCAAUACAUAUAGUGAAGGGUUGAAGCAUUCUGAACCAUGAGAAUGCAGUGACCUUUCAGAAUGUCUACCUGAAACUUUUGAGUUGUGUGAAUAAACUAAAUUGGCUUCUCCUGUGAUCUGUUGGGCAAGAACUAGGGAUAUUUAAUUGUCCUUUGGAAACAUGUAGACACCUAGCAAAAGGUUGGAUUUGCCUCCUCAAUGUCUCAUUUGUUAAAUACCAAAAUCUAUUGUUUUUGCAGCUUUAUAUGAGGAUUCUAAAAUCAAUGUUUCAGAACCUGUACAUAGAUGAAUUCCCACCCAUCAUUGAUUAUGUCUGCAAUUUGUACUGAUGAGGAGUUAAUAGUUACAUCCAAAAGAGCCAUGUAUUUAUCUGUCAGUAAUUUUCUCUCUCUCUGACCAGCUAAAAGUUGCUCAUGGACCUUUGUGAAUUUAGUUUAUGCCUUUUGUUCACAAUAUGCAUUUGAAGUGCAUUAAUACAUUACAUUAAUCAGAAGCUUUUGAGUAUCAACAAAAAAGAAUGUGAGGCUUGUGUCAGAUCAUAACCACUUUUCUACCGUUUUUGUGGUAGAUCAUUUGUAAAGAGUUGGAAACUACUUCAGUGCCUUCUGUAUUCUUAAAGAGAUCGCUUUCAUGAGGCUGUUCAUUUCCUCUUAAUGUUUCAUUGGCCUCAUGCUUACAAUCAUAUAAAGUAGCCAGAAAGCCAAAAUAGACUGUGGAGCCUGACUCUGUUACUGAGGGGACAGUGUGAGAACUUCUAUGCACUUCCCAUAGUGUGUGUGUGUUUUGAGGAGAACUGUUCUACUAUUAAUUGUUCAUUCAUCAUGUUCCCUGUUUUUUUAAAAAAACAACGAAUAGAAAAGUGUUCUUGACAGUUUUUGGGUUAGCUUUAGAAAAUUGUCAUUUCUCAGAGCAGCUGGAUAUUGUGAGGAACUGAAUCUGUAAGAGGAGAGGAAAAUGUUAAUUUCAGUCAAGGGAAGGUGAGAUAAGUGGGCUAAAGAAUUCUUCAGUCAUUCACAGGUUUGAGGGAAUAAUGCGAUGCCUGGAAAAUGUUGGUCACCUAUUUAGGAAAACUAAAUAAAUUAUUUAGCUCUUGCUACAGAAUCUGUCACUAUAGAGAAGAGACAAACUAACGCUAGUUUAGCAUGCAUUUUAAGUCUGUUCCAUAAGAUAUUUUCAUAUCAGUUUCAAAGGAAUAUAAAAUUAGCACAUUGAUCAUACAAGUUUUUGCUAAGCAAAAUAUGUGCAUCUUUGUAAGAUUUCAUCAAUUUUAAAGUUAAAGCCAAGAAAACUUGAAGUUUAGUUUCUCUAUAAUUACUACGUAGGUAAGCUAUGAAUGAAAUCAUUUUCCAUCUUCAAACUCAUUAAAAACCUCUAUUAAAUAUAACAUUGUUUAUACUUGGGGUGAAUGUUAACCAACUGCAACAUCCAGAAUUACCAGUUUUCAAAAUAUAUGCAAAUCAGUGUUAAAGUUUCUGUUAAUUUUUGCUGAAGAUUGCAAAAAGGAUGUGUUGUGGUUAAAUUAAUUUGUAUAAAAUAUGAGUUACCCUAUCUGUUUAUAUGCCCUGUUUCCCCAAAAAUAAGACCUAACCUGAAAAUAAGCCCUAGUAUGAUUUCUCAGGAUGCUC